AUGUCUCGUUUCAUCUUUAACUUCGCCCAGAUUGCUGCACCGUUGCGACAGUUGAAAUCAACAUCAACUUUUUCCUGGGGACCUAAAGAACAGGAAGCUUUCGAAAGUCUAAAGAACAGUUUGACGGAGCAAACAACCCUUGCCUAUUUUGUUCCUGAUAGACCAAUGAGGAUCUACGUCGAUGCUGGAAAGAAGACAGAAAAAUCUAGCAACGUUCCAGGGGGACUAUGUGCCAUUCUAUGCCAACAAGACGAUGAGGGACAAUGGAAAAUGUGUCAUGUGGCCAACCGUGCUUUAACUGAUGUUGAAACAAGAUACGGACAAACCGAAUUAGAAGCUGCUGCGAUCAAAUUUGUGUGUGCUGAUGCCUUCUAUAAGUAUUUGGUUGGUGCGCCAAAGUUCAAGAUUAUCACGGAUUGUAAACCACUUGUGCAUCUCUUUAAUAACCCAGCGUCGAAAGCACCGUUACGAAUCGAGCGACAGAUUCUUGCCAUACAAGGUCUAGAUUAUGUGGUCAAGUACCAAAAGGGAGCUGAAAACAUCGCUGAUUAUGGAUCAAGACACCUGACGAAAAAUCAUAACGAUGUUCCCACGGUGAAAUCAGUGAACGAGAUGGAGGAAGGAUUACGAGCAGUAGUCUCUGAAGAAAACGUGUACCUUUCGAAAAUCGCGAAAAUGAUAGCGACUACCAGUUCCUGA